CAUUGGAUAUUCAGCCAACGCCUAUUCAGCACACUGGAUGAAAUGAAGAGAGGCGUCACCGAUGGCGGCUGAUCGGUGGGACAAGGAUGUGGACGAUGGAGUUGUCCGCAUUGUUGGACAACUCCAACUGCGUAAAUAUGGCAAGUUCAUGGAGGAAUUCACAACACAGCUCAGGAGCAUUGAGCAAUCUUUGGAUGAGACGAUUUGUGAAGCAUGGGACAUGGAAUCGGAUGCAGUCUCUCUCCAGCACCUCCCCUACGAAAACACGACGCUACUCGAGCUCAUCUCGACGGACAACAAGAUCCUGAACAAGGUGAUCACCGUCCUGGCUGCUCUUUGUGCCGAGGCGAAGCACUUAUGCCACGAGGCCAAGACCCGGUUCCACAGCUCGCUCCUUUUCUACGGAGAAGGCAGCCUCGCAAGCAACAACGUCCCGGACGGCGAGCCGCAGGUGGCCGUGGGGAGGAUGGUCGCCCUGAUGCAGGACCUCUCGUGCCACGUGAGCCGAUGCUACCUUGUCGCCAAGAACAUCGUGCAGCAGAUGUCGGCGCUCUUCGACAAGAGCAAGCCGUCGUGCGUCAUCGACGUCACGGACGUGCACUUCCAGACGGUCUUCGAACACCUCGGCCAAAUGCUCGCGUCCUUGGUCACUCUGGACGAGAUUGUGCAAGCACAGAGUGCGUUAAGGGAACACUGGACGCUCUACAGGAGGAUGCUCAAGUCGGUGCACCACAAUUGCGCCAAGUUUGACGUGGCUCCUGAGGACCUCAAGGCUCUGGACAAGCUCAUGGGCCAGCUUGAGUACCAGCUGCUCCAGGGCCGCAUCUUCAUGGGCUGCCUCGAGCAAGGCUUUGACGACACCAGCCUCUGCGUCGCCAAAAAUGGUGCCUUUGCUGAAGAGUUUGCCCUCAACAUUCGCAACUGGUUCACCCAGGUCGACGCCAAGCUUGGGGAGACCAAUGAGCUGGACAAGCGGAAACAGCUUAUUGGAAUCUAUGCGCUGUAUGUUCUCUAUUACUACAUCUAUCGCACUAUUGACAAGAAGUUCUUCAAGGCACUCUGGGAUGUAUACAAGAAGGUGCCAGCGGUUCACAUCCUAGGGAACAUACUCUGGUUUCCAGACCAGUUUCUGAUGCUCCAGAUGCCGCAAGUGAUCAGAUCCCUUGAUAAGAAAGCCCAAGAUGCCGUUAAGAUGCAAAGGCUAAACUUUCUUCAGCAGAAGUCUGCUUCACUUUCCAAAGAUGUGCAGGCUCUACAUGUCCAAGUGUCUUCCUGGCUUCUACGCAUGGAGUCUGCUUUCCAGAAGGAUACAGACAAGCUUCUAGAAGACCUUAAUCGUAGAAGUUCUCUUCUUCUUCAAGGAAUCUACUUUGGCUGGUACAUCUCUCACCAAGUGACAACUGUCAUGAACCUUCAUGUGGCACUGUCCAAGCCAAUGACAAAGUCAUCGGUGCUGCUUCUCGGGAAGAUGAUAGAGAUGAUGAAGGCUAUUGAGGCUAUGUUUCACAGGCAGACAGUCAAAAUCUGCGACUCUGUCACCCAUAUCAUACAGCACCUUUCGUAUGUGGCGCUCUUUGCUGUCAGCAAUGCUAAAAAGAGGCUAGUGUCUGACAAGGUAUCCGACAAGAAGUACAGUGAGCGUAGACUUGAUGUUUUGUCUUCCCUGGUUUUGGCCGAGAAAUGCUUGAACGGCCCAGCCACAAAAGAGAGGAGACUCAUCAUUCACUUGGCAAUAGCUGUCGGAGUGCAAAUGAAGAGUUUCAAAGAAGAAGAGAUCAGCUCCUUUCACUCGGUCAUGCGCAAGCUGGACCUGAUUGGCGAGUUGCAAGAAAAACUGCAGGAGGGUUGUGAUGGCAGCUUCCUCUACUGGCACAGGGUAGUCUUUCCUAUCUUCUUGGAUGAUGUUUACGAGAGUGCUGUGGACGGACAUCGUAUCCACUUCCUGGUUGCUGCACUCAAGGACUGUGCUGGACCCAUUCGCAUGACAAAACACGAGUCUAACCCCCAGGUCAUCUUGGACAAGUUUAAGGAGGAAAUGUACAGCCAGUUCAAGGAGCAUAUCCUGGACAAACUCUGCAAGGACAUUGAAACAGAUUUGCGACUUCAAACUCAUUCCCACCUUCAGUUGGAUGACCGAAAUCCAUUCCGUGUUGGUCUUAGAGACUACUCGCAAAUCCUGCACAUUCGUCCUAUCAAGCUCUUUGACUUGACAAUUAAUGUUCGAGCUUUUGUGGAACACUACCUGGACAAAACAUUCUACAACCUCACAACUGUGGCCCUCCAUGAUUGGAAGACGUACGGUGAGAUGCGCAGCAUGGCGAGGCAGCGCUACGGCUUGACUACUGUUGAAGCCCACCUCCCCAGUCAGACCCUGGAGCAAGGCCUGGAUGUUCUCGAGAUAAUGAGAAACAUUCAUGUCUUCGUAUCCCGCUACUACUACAACCUCAACAACCAGAUAUUUGUAGAGCGAACGAGCAACAACAAGCACCUCAACACCAUUAACAUCCGCCACAUUGCUAACUCAAUACGCACGCAUGGCAUUGGCAUCAUGAACACCACGGUGAACUUCACCUAUCAGUUUUUACGGAAGAAGUUUGUCAUCUUCUCUCAGUUCUUGUUCGAUGAGCACAUCAAGUCCCGUCUCAUCAAGGACCUGCGCCACUUCCGAGAGACACGCAGCCAGAGUGAUCCAAAGUACCCAUUCGACCGAGCUGAGAAGUUCAACCGAGGUAUCCGGAAGCUGGGAAUGACUCCAGAAGGAGAAAGCUACCUGGACCAGUUUCGGACUCUUGUGAGUCAAGUUGGCAAUGCCAUGGGCUACGUCCGAAUGAUCAGGUCUGGCGGACUCCACUGCUGUAGCAGUGCCAUCCAAUUCGUUCCAGACCUUGAGUAUGUAGCCAACUUCGAAGAACUUUCCCGUGAAGCUCUCAUGAAUGACGACUGCAUCGAGGCUGCCCAGAGGCUAGAUGCUGUUGUCACAAGCCUUGCCAAGAACUUCUCGGAAGGAAGCGAAUAUUUCCGCCUACUUGUGGACGUAUUCUCACCCACCUUCCGUGACCCCAGCAACAUGCACCUGAGGAACUUCUUUGUGAUCCUACCUCCGCUAACGCUCAACUAUGUGGAGCAUGCUGUGGCUUGCAAGGAAAGGAUGAGUCGAAAGAACAAGGUUGGAGCAGCCUUCACAGAUGAUGGCUUUGCAAUGGGUGUGGCUUACAUUCUCAAGCUGCUCGACCAGUACCAGGAGUUUGACUCCUUGCACUGGUUCCAGUCGGUGUCUGAAAAGUUUCAGAAAGACAGUGCCCAAGUGAACGAGCAAAGGAAGGCAGCUGUUGGAAAAGAAGACGAGAAACUUCAGCAAGCCAUGUCUCUAACCGGAAAAAGGCUCGAGACAUACCAGCAUGAGUUUGACUUGCUCAAUUACUCGCUGAGUAGCGCUCGUAUCUUCUUUAGGGCUGACCUAACUGCUGCUGAAGAGAAGCAGGAGAAAGUGGAUGAUGUCUGAGCCUAGGCACUCAACCUAGGCAUUUGUGUGCCCGGCACAUGCUUGCUUGUGGUCGUAACUGGUGGGGAGGAAAUCGCUUCAGAGGGUAGGCUUGAGCGGACUUUCUAUAUCCCGCAUUAUUUUUCUGCUUCAGAGCAAAGCUAAGUUGUUAUUGCUUUUCUAAUCAAAGUGGGUCCCUUAGUUUUUUGUUUAUUUUAUCCACCAAGCCAUCUAGUCCAAAUACUGACAUGUGGACAUACAAGCUGUGAAUAGGAUGCAACAUUUAUACUUUAUAAAGCUACCACUUGUAUCUCAAGCAUUGCCGAUGUUAUGAAUUGCGGUGAAUCAUAUGGUCUUGUUUGGAUUACAACUGAGUAAUAAAACGAGAAAUUUGGGCA